CAGGCUGUACUCUGUUAUCCGAGGUUGAAGUAGACGUGGCAGUGACGUCAAUGCCGGAAACGACCCGGAUCGGAACUUUAACUCUCCUGGGUUGAUGAUUAGUUUCAACCAGAUAACACCGAGAGGGCUCCGAAAUACCAUGUAAUACCGACUCAAACAUGCGUGUACAUAUGUCCAUGAAGGAUACCCCACCUUGGAUGUGAGUUUUGUCUGCACACCGGGAGGUCUUCCUAUUAGUCCAUCACACACACAGAGAGAGCAGAGGAGAGAGCAGAGGAGGAAAAGGACCCCAGAGAGUCCCAGGUGGUUCCUGUUUUACCGGCGGCAAGAUGACGUGCCGUGACCGGACCCUUGAGUUCCAGUCAGCCUGUAAAUCUCUCCAGGGCAGACCGAAUGGAGUCCAGCCCAGUAAACCAAUUCUCAACGCCCUCAGGCAGCGGAGUGACUUCACAGUUAUGGCCAAGAGAAUUGGAAAAGACUUGAGCAAUACAUUUGCCAAACUGGAAAAGCUCACUAUUCUGGCAAAAAGAAAAUCUCUAUUUGACGACAAGGCAAUCGAGAUCGAGGAGCUAACGUACAUCAUUAAACAAGACAUCAACAGUCUAAACAAACAGAUAGCACAGCUGCAGGACCUGGUGAGGUCCCGCGGAGCUCCGGGUGGCCGACACAUCCAAACCCACUCUAACACUAUAGUGGUGUCAUUACAGUCCAAACUGGCUUCAAUGUCCAAUGACUUCAAAUCAGUCCUAGAAGUCAGAACAGAGAACCUGAAGCAGCAGCGCAGCAGGAGAGAGCAGUUCUCCCAGCCCCCUGUCUCGUCUUCUCCUUCGAUGACCAACAACUUCAGGAGCCGCAAAAAAGGGGCCCAGGAGCCGCAUGCAGCUCGCGAGCCGCGACACGGUUACCAGGGCAAUACAACCUCAAAUUUAAAAGAGAGCUCGGUCCUGAUGCAGGAUGAGUCCAGGAGUAUGGGGGAUGUAGCCAUCGAUAUGGACUCUCAGACCAAUCCCUUACAACUCCAGCUUAUUGAUGAGCAGGACUCGUACAUCCAGAGCCGUUCGGAUACCAUGCAGAACAUUGAGAGCACCAUUGUGGAGCUGGGCUCUAUAUUCCAGCAGCUGGCACACAUGGUCAAGGAGCAAGAGGAGACCAUCCAGAGGAUCGACGCUAACGUGGAGGACACCCAGCUGAACGUGGAGGCCGCCCACACAGAGAUCCUCAAAUACUUCCAGUCAGUCUCUUCCAACCGCUGGCUGAUGAUCAAGAUCUUUCUCGUCCUCGUCGUCUUCUUCAUCAUCUUUGUCGUCUUCUUUGCUUAACGAAAAGAGGUGCGAUUGAAAGGAGGGGAAGUGAAACUAAAGCUGGACUGAGACGACGAUGUCCAGACGACGUAUUUGAAGGACAGACUUUGCUAUCAAACGGACACUUUGAUGGAGGCUUGGGAGCCGCUCAGAUUAAUAAAGACUUCUCCAUUAAUACAAACUUUCCGGUUAUUCCCAAGCCACAGACUCUUGAUCUUAACUCGACGAUUCAGUGAAGAAUGAAGAUGUCGAACUCUGUCCAAAUGAGAGAAUAAAUUAUCUAAAAUCCCCACUUUGUAUAGAGAGAGAGAGAGAGAGAGCAAGAAGCUGCUCGGUAUUGACCAAUUAUUCAUAAACAUUUAAUCAAAAUGGCUAUAAUUUAAUGGUUUGAUUCUGCAAACUGUCUUUUAAUUUUGAUUUUCUUGUUUACCCCAUGUUAUCCAUUAUCAUUAUUAUUAUUAUUAUUAUUAUUAUUUCAAAGCCAAACAACAGGACUGGAGUUUAUCCUCAGAUCAUUUUGCUUCUUAGUUUACUAACUUUUUAUUGAAGAGCAUGACUGUGCCCCUUGUUCAUCAACAAUUCUUCAUUUAAUGCUAUUUUUUUAUUCUGUUAUGCUUUCAAACUUUGUUUGCCAAAUGGGGACUCGUAGAACUGUGACACAAUAUGAAGACACUUACUGCGGUCCAGCAUUUCGUGUUCUGUAGGCACAACAAGUUACAGACAGCUGAAGCGACUUUUGCUGGUGUUCUUCAGAUACAAGCUGUACGAGAUGUUGAUGAUAAGUUAGGUAACAACACUGUUUUAAAUGAAACGGUUUGGUUGUUAGCCAUUCGGCAGGUUGAAUGGUUUAAAAAGUGUAGACCUCGAACAUGAAGAGAGACUUCAGCACAUGAGUGAAGUAUCUGAAGGAUCCAUGUUUGACAUCAGUACUUAUGAAGGGGUUAGACUGGUUGUGAAAGCCCACUAAUGAAGUGACUCCAUCAGCCAGAUUCCCUGGAAGUGUCUGGUUGAACGCCGCUGUUGUAGUUGCUUCCCCUCUUAACGUCUCAGAUGUUAUUUAAAUGACCACAGCUUUUUAAAAAGAAAAGAAAACAUUCUUCCUAUUUUUUUCCCGGUCUGUUCUUUUUUUAGCCAAAUGCCUUGACUUCAGUGUAUAAAGUGCAAAUAGUGAUAAUGAUGUAUUGAUAAGAAAGUGCAUAUUAAUAAAAUGAUAAUGGGGUGCUGGCA